AUGAGGCGGCGGAGAAUGGAAAGUAUAUAUGUCCAGAGCGAGGCUUCCAUUGCAGGACACUAGCUAAGGUUUUGGAAGGGUACGAAGCGAUUCAUCAAUUGACUUUUUACCUCCCGCCAUUUGGUGAAAAGCAUGCCUUUUAGCAACAGUCACAACUUGCUGAAGAUGAACUACUCUGCUGACGAGGAGUACCCUGACCUUAGUGUCCACAACAAUCAUAUGGCUAAAGUGUUGACAAAGGAGCUUUACGCUAAACUGAGAGAUAAACAGACUUCAAGUGGAUUUGCUUUGGAUGACUGCAUUCAGACAGGUGUUGAUAAUCCAGGUCACCCCUACAUUUUAACAGUAGGGUGUGUAGCAGGUGAUGAAGAAACCUAUGAUGUUUUUAAGGACUUGUUUGACCCGGUUAUUCAGGACAGACAUGGGGGAUACAAGCCAACUGAUAAACAUAAGACUGACUUAAAUUCUGAACACCUGAAGGGUGGAGAUGACUUGGAUUCAAACUAUGUACUAAGCUCCCGUGUCCGAACUGGCAGAAGCAUUCGUAAAUUUUGCUUGCCCCCUCAUUGCUCUAGGGGUGAGAGACGGGCAAUUGAAAAGCUAUCCAUAGAAGCCUUGUCCAACUUGACUGGUGACCUGAAGGGAAAGUAUUAUGCCUUGAAGAACAUGACUGAAGAGGAACAGCAGCAGCUCAUUGAUGACCACUUCUUGUUUGACAAACCAGUCUCUCCUCUGCUGUUGGCUUCUGGUAUGGCACGUGACUGGCCUGAUGCAAGGGGUAUUUGGCAUAAUGACAAUAAGACUUUCCUUGUCUGGGUCAAUGAGGAAGAUCACUUGAGAGUUAUCUCAAUGCAGAAGGGUGGAAACAUGAAAGAAGUCUUCAACAGAUUUUGCACAGGAUUAACAAAGAUAGAGGAACUGUUCAAGAACAGAGGGUAUGAAUUCAUGUGGAAUGAGCACCUUGGUUACAUCCUCACAUGUCCAUCCAAUCUAGGAACUGGCCUUCGUGCUGGCGUACACAUCAAACUUCCAAACCUUGGGAAGCACGAGAAAUUUGGGGAGAUUCUUAAAAGAUUAAGGCUGCAGAAACGGGGAACAGGUGGUGUUGAUACUGCUGCUGUGGGAGGAGUAUUUGACAUUUCUAAUGCAGAUCGAUUGGGUUUUUCUGAAGUCGAGCUUGUUCAAAUGGUGGUAGAUGGUGUGAAGCUACUUACUGAAAUGGAGAAACGCCUUGAGAAAGGCCAGUCUAUUGAUGACCUCUUACCAGCUCAAAAGUGAAGCACUUUAAAGGACUCUCUAACUUAUUGAAUUCCAUGACUGCUAUCAAAAGAACCUUUGUUUCCACAACCCAACUUUGUCAGCACUGUAUUGUAUAGUCUUCCAUGUAUUAGAAAUGCUUUAUUUUUGACUGCAAUGUCAGACUGAAAAUAAAAUAUUUUGUGCCCUGUGA